UUCAGUAAUGUAAGUGCAAAAAUGCAUGUGCCAUGCCAACGCUACAAAAGCUUAAUGGUAUACUUAAUUUUCUGUUGUCUACAUCAUAAUUUCAACCAACCAAAAUGUAUUCAUGAUUCAUACAUUUUGGGAGCCUUACACAACCCUAGAUUUCCAGAAUGAUGCAACGGUGUCAGAGACUGUCCACCACACGCUCGAAAUUCUUGCUUGCUCAUUGUGUAAAAAAUUAAUCUCUUUAGGAUGCCUGAGUAAAAGUGUCACUAGACACUAACUUGAGCGCCACUCAUAACCAGACGUGGUGUACAAAUGGACAGUUUGCUGAAACAUCUGGGCCGUGGGUAUGCUUUGUUCUUCAUCAUUGUGCUGGGAAUGGGAGGAACUUUCCAGAAUGGAUUCCAUGUCACUGUCAUCAGCUCGCCAUCACCGUUUGUGAAGAGCUUCAUUAACAGCAGCUGGACAGAGCGCUAUGGACCACCCGGCCCAGAGACAGUCACAUUUAUCUGGUCUGCUGUGGUGGCCUUGUAUGCCUUGGGUGGGUUCUUUGGGUCAGUUGGAGUGAGACUAAUCAUUGGCAAGCUGGGAAGGAAGAAAGCUAUGAUCUGGAAUAAUGUGAUCAAUAUUAUAGCUUCAGCCAUCAUGUUUGCAAGCAAAUUUGCAAACUCAUUUGAAAUGAUCCUCAUUUCACGGUUAUUAUUUGGGUUUACAUCAGGGUUAGGGGGCAAUGUCCAUGCCAUCUACCUGGGGGAGAGUUCCCCCAAGAGAAUAAGAGGGAUGGUAACACUAACAUCAGCAACUUUUGUGUCCAUUGGCAAACUGUCAGGACAGCUUGCAGGCCUAAGGGAAGUUUUAGGCCGUGAGGAGUGGUGGAAUGUCCUCCUCUGUGUGUCGACUGUGUUCGCCAUGAUCCAGCUGCUUGUUCUGCCUUUCUUCCCUGAGGCGCCGAGGUACUUGCUCAUAGAGAAAAACAACGCAGAGAAAUGCAAGUCAGCCCUGCAGUGCCUGUGGGGUCCUGGGGACUAUGAGAAGGAGAUGGAGGAGAUGCGGGCUGAGCAGGCGGCCAUCGGGGGCGAGCGCUCCAAGAGCCUGCUUGAGCUGCUGAGAGAUAAGCGCGUACGCUGGCAGCUCAUAACCAUGCUGGUGGUCCAUGGCUGCAUCCAGUUCUGCGGCAUCUCUGCCAUCAGCGUCUUCUCCUACAACAUAUUCCAGGAGGCUGGCAUUCCGGAGGAUAAGAUCCGCUACGUGACCCUGGGCGUGGGAGUGUCCGAGGUGCUCACCAGCAUCACAUGCUCGUUCCUCAUUGAGAGCGUGGGCAGGAGGGUGUUGAUAUGGGGAGGAUUCGCUGCCAUGUCUGUGAUCAUGGCGUCAAUCACUGUCACGCUCUGUCUGCAGGACUACGCCUUCUGGAUUCCUUACUGCACCGUCGCCUUGUUGUUCCUCUUUGUGAUCUUCUAUGGUGGAGGACCAGCUGGAGUGCUGCCCUCGCUCACUCAUGAGAUCUUCAUCCAGUCAUGUCGGCCUGCAGCCUUCGUCUUCACCGGAACCCUCCGCUGGCUGGGCUUCACCGUCCUCGGAUUCAUGUUCCCCUUUCUCAUAGCCCAGUUCAAGUCCUUCAGCUUCUUGCUGUUCUCUGGUACGUGCAUGGGGGGAGCUCUGUACGUGUUCUUCAUGCUGCCUGAAACCAAGGGCAAGACCCUGCUGGAAAUAUCCGAGGAGUUCAGCAGGAUCAAAGUGUGUGGGUCUCCGAAAAAAGAGGAGGAAGAGAAGAUGUGCUCUGUGGGGACAAAGUUGUAA